AUGUCUACCCUUGAGCCGUCUUCACGAGGUACAUUCUCGCCCAUGGGACAUGUGUUUCGUCAUCAGCAGCAGCCUGGUGCUGCCGAGCCUGGCUCCUCGGAAUUUGAUGCCUUCAUCCACUCGGACCUGUGUGUCCAGGAUCCUGCUGUGGCCAGCAGCAUGCAUCCACAGCCACCCCCACCGCAGCCACCGGGCGCGCAUGUGCCAGCCACGUUUCCGUUCGUGCCGUACAUGUGCAAGCAGGAAGACCCUGCUCUGGCGCUGUGGUCGACAGGCACCCCCCCCUCAGCGUUGAUGUGCCCUGAUACGACCCAUGCCCAGGCCCCCGCAGCGCUGCGUGUACCCGAGAGCUCGUUCGCGAAUGCCUCGAUUUGGACACCUUCUGCCGCGGGGCAGAACGCUACUCCCACGCCCCAGUCCCUUCCCUCCGCCCCCCGGCCCCCUCAUCCCAGCUCAGCAGCGUUGCUCGAUGCCACGCCUGCUGCUGCCCAACGUGUGGUGCCGCCUGAUCCCGCUGCGUUCAACAAAGGCGAAGCGUCCGAGGGCGCGGCCUCGAUGACGCUCUCGGAGCUCAUGCGCGACGACCAGGGCGGUCCAUGGACGUCUGCGCCGCAGCCGAAGCGGGCGCGAACGUCCGAGUCACCGGAGCCCAAGAUGCGUUCGGUGAGCGCGACGGAGGUGCCCCAUGUGCCGGACAUGCGUGCGCGCUCGCACAUGCCGCCGCGGCGAUCGGCCUCGACGGGUGCGCGACGACCGCCCCCGUCGGCCUCGCAGGUGACCGAGUCGGGUCUGCCGUUCCCUGUCAUCGACACGUCGGCCAAGCACUCGAGCCUGUUUGUGCCGCCGGACACGUCAGGCCUGACGAAGAAGGAGGCGCGGCUCGUGAAAAACCGCGCGGCCGCGUUCUUGUCGCGUCAGCGAAAGCGUGAACAGUUUGAGGAGCUGGCGUGCAAGUGCCGGGCCUUGGCGCGGCUUUCCUGGCUCCUGUGGGAUGCGCUGGACCCUCAAGGUCUGUCGUCGUCACGUGUAUCUGUGAUACCUCCAACGAAUGGAGCGAGUCUGCUCCACGAAAAGCUCAAGUACGAGCCUGAGGAUGUACGUACGACGCUGCAGCAGGUCGUCCAGCAGCGCGGCACUAUGAUUGUGGAAAACAUUAUGGGCGACGAUGCGCCGUCGCUCAAGGCGCGCACGAAUGGUGUGCUGGCGCAGCUCAUGGAGACGGAGCGCGAGUGUGAAGACUUGCGUGCUGAAGUCGAGCGCCUGCGGGCCAAGACGCAGGAGGCACCGCCGAGCCCGGCGUCUCCUUCGCUGUUGCAUCUCGUGGGACGUGCGUUGAUGCAGGUGCGUCAUGCAUCGUCGGAGUGCGAUGCGCACGAUCUGCUUCCGCGCGACGAUGGCUCUCUCCACAUGCAGAUGCGUGUGGUGCCCACGAGCGAUGUGGUGCUGUGUACGCUCCAGGCAGCGGAUCAGCCUGAGCACGCGGACGAGGCUGUGGACGAAAAGCCGUGGCGGUGCUCGACGCCUGUGGACUCGAGUGAAGCGUCGGUGCCGUCGCUGAGCACGAGUGCCUCGCCGACGCUUUCGUCGUUGUCGUCUGGCACGGCAUCGUCGCGACGUCAUCGCAGUGUGAUGGCGUACCAUGCCAGUGGCGCGCCGUGCGCGCCCUCGGCAUCUCUCUUGCACGAAGUCAAGACCAUGGACUUGGAUGAGUGGGUCCAGACGCACGGCAGUAGUCUCGACGAUAUAUCCCGCGCUGCGCAGGACCUGCAUUCGUUGAUCACGCAGCGUGGCAUGUGCCUCGAGCCAGGGUGCUUCCUCGCUGCCACCAUGAACGAUCACGACAAGGCAUUGCCUGGAAAGCUCACUCUGUAUGCCAGGAUGGGCACACCAGCCUCGGUCGACGCGCACGCGCACCUGGUGACGGUCGUGCGCGACACGCUUCGUGCUCUGCACGAGGAGCCAUAG